AGGAAAGAACGUUUAGUCAGCAUACGUCGGAGGUACUUGCUAUCAAUAGGUGGCAGGUGAACUACAGAUAGGAUUGUCAAGCGAUGGUAUGAUGACUGGAAAUCGUGAACCAACAUAGACGUUUGACUUCGAGGCUUAGAUGUGUAAAAAUGAAGUGUUCUGGAAAGAAGAAAGAUGGUUCUCAGUGCACAUAUGAAUCGGACCAAAAUUUUUACUUUUGUCCAGAAUGUGGUUCAGAUUGCCCUGAAGACCCUUCAACAGCAAAGAUAUUCAUCAAGUGUCCAGGCAAGAAGGGGCCUUGUGGCACAGAUCUUGCUUCUGAUUCUGAUGCCAGUUUUUGCACUAAAUGUGGCUGGGAGAUUGACAAGUCCCUCUUUGUGACACCCAAAACGUGCCCAGGUAAACUGAAGGGUGCCCCAUGUGGAGCUGAGGUGAUCGAAGGAAUCAACUUCUGUUCCAAAUGUGGCUUUGAAUUUGAAGAUACAGCAGAAGGCCAGGAAACUGAACAAACACGGCUUGAUACAAAUGCACCAUGCCAAGAUGCAAAUGAUAAUGCAAAGACUACAAAUGUUAAAGAGGAUGACGUGAAGAAAAAGCAUAAGAAAAAGAAAAAGAAAAAAAAGAGUAGAGGUAAAACUGGAACUCACAAAAAAGCUAACACAGAAUUUGAAAAUUUUGACAGUACAGAUGAAAGUGAUAAAGGAACUACUGAUCCUGAAAACUUGCCUAGAAUGUUGGAUUCAUCUAAUGCAUCAACCAUGAAAGAAAGUAGUCCACUUUUGAACACAGGUAUGGAAACUGGCCCAAUCCAAACUGAUCCCCUUGCAAUCCCAUUACCUGAACAUGAAAAUGAACGACCAAGAGAUCAUUUGCAAAAUAAAACCACAGCUGAUGACCAAGCUACUAAGACAAAUAACCUUUCCACCAAUCAAGAUGGUCAAGCCAUACAACAAAGAAUGGAGGGUGGCAACCUUCCUUCAGGGGCAGCAGGCAAGUCUUGUGUGGGAGACUCCCAAAGUUUUCCACCAGGUGACACCACCUCACAGAUGACACCACCUCCAAGAGAACAAACUAAUCCUGGGGUUACCACUCGUCAGAUGGCCAGAGCCAAAGAAGACAGUAAUCAUGACAAUCCAGAUGGAAACAAAAUGUCCUAUUCUGAUGCUGCUAAACAAAAAGGGAAAGCAGACCAAGGUGGUAAAGAAAACACAAGGUUAGGCCAGGGUGAACCCAAAGUGGAUGUUGUAUUCCAUGUUCUUGUAUCUGGAGAAAUGAACAAGCAACUUGACGCUGACACUGUUACUAUCAGAUUUGGAUCAGAUCCUCUUGGAGGAUGGCAAAGUGACAAAUGGAAAAUGACACAUGCAAGAACUCACCAAGAUGAUAUCAACGAGUAUACAUGUUGCAUUCCUAUGACGAAAGGUCAACGGAACGGGGGAUUUAUUUACAAAUAUGUUGUACAAGGACGUUCCAAAAAGGAUGGUUCACCUUUUGAGUAUUGGGAAACUGUACACUACCUGAAGAGACUUCACUUGGCAAAAAUGGAUCCAAAUCGUGCAUUCAAUUAUCCAACACUGAAAAAAAAAGAUCUGUCACCAUGGCAUCAGUAUGAUGGAUUUGUAUAUCCAAAAAUGUCAGAAGUUUUCUGGAAGCGCUGGUUGUCAAAAGCAAUUGGUGGCGGUUUACAAGACAGAAUACGUCAAGAUGUUGUCCAAGCAGGAGAGUUAUUUCUGCCUUCAGCUGGAGAAAUUAUAUCACAAUUGAGACAGAAGAAGCCAGGAGAGUCCAGUUUUGUUGAAACAUACUUAGAUAGGAUCAGCAUGGUGUUAUCAGGACUAUCCAUUCAAAUGGUAGACAAGGACAUGCGGCUAUUAGACAGAGGUCUACCCAUGCAGAUGUUCCAGAAUAUCAUGGAAUCCUUGAUACACCAUUUACAGAAGAUUAAAGAGACACAUGAUGUUUCACUUGUCCUGGGAAUGUUUAUUCUGUGUGCAUACAGUGAAAACAACAUUCCCAUCAGAUCUGAAGGUUUGAACAAAACCUUUUUCAGCACACUGAUGGUGAGGUCAGAUAAACAAAGUUUGGAAUCUUUGAAGACACACUUCCCAAAGAGAUUUUCUCAGAUACUUGCUGCAACCGUUCUUAAAUUGAUUGGAGAAAACAGCUCAGUGAGGAGUAUUCAGUGUCCUACAUAUGCUGUAUAUACAUAUAGCAAGUCUUUGGCAGAUUCAUCAUGGCUGUAUUUUGUUUCUUUGUUGCAUUUUCUGAGAGAAGAUUCAAAACUUGUGAGAAAAUAUUCAAUAGAACACAACAAUGAUUUGUGGUGGGGUCUAAAAGACAUUACAGAUGCCAAAAACAGACUGAAAUUGAGUGAUGAAUGGACUGUACCUGUUGAAGAGGUAUUCCGUGCUUUGUCUCCCUGCUUUGAUGCAGACUUCCUCCUCCCAAGGACACUCAUGGCUUGUGUAUCUCAAUGCAAUCUGAGAAAGGUUUUAGAUCUGCAAAUAGUUCCACCUGAGAUAUGCACAGCAACUCUUUACUUCUACAUUAAAUCUAGUGGCUGCUUUUUGGGUCAUGAUGCAAAGCAGUACCUGGCUGAUUGCUUGCUGGAAGUGUCAAAAAAAUUCAAAGAAGUAUUCGGAGGAAGGUGCAAGAAGACUUUCAUCCACAGAGAAACACUUCUGGACUGCACAGAACACAGAUAUAUGUGUAUGAAAAUAGCAGCAGACCUUCUCAAUGUUUGUUUGGACGAUACCUUUCAGUCAACCCGAUUACUGGUUGCAGCUGUUGAUGUAUUUGCAUCAAGUAUCUAUGUCUGUGAGGGUCACAAUGACGAACAGAACAGUAGCCAAAGAUCUCAGGUGGAAGAAGCGAAAAAUAGCAUGAAUAUUUUGCUUGAAGAUAUGCUGAAAAAGAUUAUUUCAUGGAUGAAAAACUACUUUUCAAGGUUGCAUACCUCACGUUUCAGCUACUAUGUUAAGCUGUGGGAUAAGCUGAUUCAAUUGCAAGUUCACUCACCAGCGCUGUCUGAGGAAUGGAAAUCGACACUCCUUGAUGCUUUUGAGAAAGUGUUAUCUGAGUUAAAGCCAGAGCACUGUCUACAACUUCAUCGGGAGCAAAUCCAUGAACCAGUUAACAGCCUUCUUCAAGAAAGGAUGACAACUGCUGCAUUCAAAUCAUUUGAUAUGCUAAUGAAGAGGGAUGACAAAUUUGCACGGGAUACCAAGAUGGACAAAGCAUUCUGUGAAAUGGUGUCAAAACAUCUCAAGAUGUACUGGCCAAAAGAAGAAAAUGAAGAAAAGUUGAUCUGUCACAUCAUUACUUGGAAGCCUCUGAUCAGUUACUUUGUUCGCUUUGCUGGUGAUCCACAGGCUUAUGAGUUAUUGGAUGAGGACUGCUCACAGCAUCUCAUGGAAGCUGCUUCUCUAUUGGACAAAAUAGCUGCAUUUUUGUCAAAGGGAGAUAUCUCAGUGUGGCUAUUGAAACUGCUUCUUUCCAAUAAGAACAAUUUCAAAGAGCUUUGGGCAGCGUCAAGGCAUGAAAAUGAAGACCACAAAAGGGUAGAAGAGAUCCUUCAAGUCCGUGAGAUAGAACUCCAAGCAUGCCAAGUUUAUCUGAGUAGAGCUCAAGUACUCCUAAAUAAAUGUGUUGACAUUAAAGGAGUGAAUACAGUUGAAUUAUCAAACAGAGUAAGAGAAAUGGAAGAAAAGAUUGAUACUGAGGUGUUGUGUGCUCUAUGCCAUCCUCUGCCAGAAGGUGAAGCUGUGCAUGGCAGCCUAGAUUCCUAUCAACCAAGGAUAUUUAUCUCAGAAAUUCCAGAGCAAAUCAUGGAAAUUGUUCCUCAGCUGGAAAAGUGGAAUGGAAGCUUGAUCUUUAGGGAAACAUGGAGAAAUGAAGGGGCAGCUAUUGCCCCUGGAACAAAGUUUGAGGAAGCUGUCUUGAAGGUGUGGCAGAAGUCCAGUCAGAGAUGGCGUAGUCUCAGCAAGAAGGUGCAGGAUGGAACAGAGACAUUCUGCAACAUACAGGAACUUGUGAGAAUAUUUCAGGGUGAUGCAGAUCAAAUCACAGCAGAGUUUCAGCUUAUGAGUGAUGGCUCUUCUGACUGGAUUUCCAGGAGAAUUGAGCAACUCCAGAGCUAUGAGACUCUGCAGGGUUGUCAGAGGGUUGCUGAAAUCAUCAUGAAUAUCAAGGAAAUAUACUCUAUUGAAGGAAACUUCGCCCCAGUUGAAGCUGUUAAACAAAUGGGAAGCAACAAAGACCAUCCGAUCAACACAAUGGAUGACUCCGUGUUAGGGACAUGUUCCAUACUCCAUGAUAUGAAUGAUCCAAAAAAGCAAAAGUGCAUCGAAGCCUUUGAGAAUAGCAUUCGCCUGGUGGAAUGGCUCAGAGUUUCCAUGAAAGAUGGCGUGAAGGAACUGAAGGUGUUUGUGGACCUGGCUUACAUCUCAGCUGGAGAGGAAGCGAUGGAGAUACACAAAGUCAACUGUUUUCACUCAGCAACCACUGGAUAUGCUCCACUGAUCUUCAACACACCACAGACUGCAGACUAUGCCACUUUCCUCAAGAACUGUGAACUUGUCUGGCAGGAGCUUAAGUCUGACGAGAAUCUUCCAGACAAACUGACUGAAUCCAAUCGACUUUUGAACUGGCUGAAGGAAGUUAAGAAGUCACAUGGAUCUGUUGAAGUAACCUCCUUGACACAGGCAGGUCAGAUAAACAACAGGGGCCUGUACAGAAUUGGAAACUUUGAUGACAUAGAGAACUGUUCACUUCUGGCCUUGAACAAUGUAAUCAGCCUGCAUGUUACACAAGACAAAGAGGAAAAUGGAUCCCGGAAAUACAGCUACAGGCAGUUGGUGGAUCUUCAGAGCAGGCUAAUGCUGGUAGCAGGACAGGCAGAAAAGGGAAAAGAUGAUGUUGACCACUUCAUCAUGGUUUUAGAUGGCAUAGUGCGUCUGGCCAAAACAUACAUCAGACUGUGUACAGAUGGAUGCGUCUUGUUCAAUUGUUGGAAGGGGAAGUUUUUUUGUGGAGAUGAGAGAAAAGCAUGCACAAUUUUGGAAUUUGGUGAAGGGGAUAAUCUUGAAACUUUGAAGGGACAUCGAGGGAAGGAAGGUGUUGAGGUCUUCAUCCAUGCUCUUGCAAAUGAGUUUGAGGACUUCCAUGAUGAAUGGAUGAACUAUGUCAGUAACAGAAGAGAUGAGUACUUGGAGCUGAACUUCUACACCAUUGACCAGCUGGUGUUCCUUCAGAGAGAACUCAUCAAACUAGGCACAGAGGAGGAACCUUCUGUUCGUGUGUAUUCAAUGUUGUCUCUGAUCAAGCCUGACUGUACAGAGUCUGAUCUCAGCCUUGCGAUGAAGAGUGCCAGAGAAGUUGUAUUUGCAAAGAAAGACAGAACUGAGACAGAGACCGAAGAAACUGAACAAGAGACGACAAAUCAAGAUAUUGACACUAAACAAGCUUUCAUUGAUGCUAUGAAAAACAGUGACUUCUCAGAAAAACUUGCUAGACAUGCCUUGGUAGAAGUGAAACCUGAAGAUAUUGAUUUGGGUAUUGUUUGGUGUAUGGAACAUCAAGAUGACUUCCCAGAUGAGGAGGAAGACGUGGAGUCUUCGGUUGAUCCAUUGUUCCUUGGCUGGCAGGUGGGAGGAGAGUCGGUGUCAUCCAUUGCAAGGUCCUGGGUCAAAAACAUCUCAGGUCAUAACAAGAAUAUAACAACUGUACAGGCUUUGACCGCCAACUUGAGGUCAGUGUGGAAGACGUUCCUGGAAGCUGUGUCGUCCAGUGUAGCAGAUUAUCUCAGUCUGGAACAUAUGGGCAUCAUCCUCAGACAGCUGGCACAAACAGACGAGCGGCCAUUUAACAGGACUAUACCACCGCCACUGAAACCAGGAAUUUCUAACUUGGUUGUCUGCCCUCAAGCUGACAUGUUGAACACUGUUCUGUACAUGUACAAACAUUCAGAAGAUGAGCCCCUUCCUCAACCAGAUGAGGUCCUUUUGUGCACUCCACAAACUACCUUUGACCAGGUUGACAUCUUCCUGCGACGAGCCUUCUUCAGCAACCCUGGCAAGUUGUAUACAAUGGCCAAUGCUGAUCUGCUGCAGUAUGAGAUAGAAGAGAGGGCAGAGAAGAAGCUAAAGGAGUAUUCAAGCAGGGACAAAGAUUUUGACUGUCAACUUGUGGUACUUUGUUCCACGGAAAAUGAAUUCAAGGCAAGAAUUGUGGCAGCUCUAGAAAGACAAAGAUGUCCACCUCCUGCACUGCAAAACUUGCAUGAAGUGAAAAAAUAUCUGCUAUUAAAAUUUUCUCAGAAAUUGGAAUGUCAGCAAGACCACAAUACCGCUUCAAAUUUGGAUUUCAGCAGUUCCACAGUGCGAGUGAUCAAGUCCAAGAGAGCUGGUGUGGGGAAGACCUUGUACAAGAAGCGCCAGGUGGAGGCACUGCAGCGUCUGAACCCUAGAGUCCCUGCUACAUCAGUGUCCAUACAUCUGUAUGAGAAAAGUGUGUGUACAAUGGCUGUGGCAGAGAAACUGCUGGAUCAUACACCGCAGCCUGGACAAGUCCUACCAAGAAUAUUCCACCUGGACAUCUCAUAUGAGGUUCAGGAAGGUGUUGACUAUCUCCUCUUCAACCUGCUGGUUCUGGGCUGUAUCAGCAACAACAUGGGACAUGUCUGGCUCAAGUCUCCCCUGGACUUGUAUCUGGUGGAGACCAUCCCCAUCACAGAUGUCAGACAGGACAGGAGAGUCAAUCAGCGUCUUAUCCACACCUUGCUGGAGGUUCUACCUGAUGUCUACUGCUGGUCUCCUCAAGACAGUUUACAGAUGCUUAACACUGGCAUAAAACCAGAAGAGUAUGGUGAUAAUGACAGGCUUUUUGAUGACUCUGAGUUUCAAGGUGAAAUUUACCAGCGACCAUUUCAAUACCUCAAGCGGUUGAACAACAAAGUCAGUCUAACUAACAUCAACCCAAGAGCACAUGAAGGAACACAUCAAGAAUGUCUGACAGUUCUUCUUCAACAUUGUGGUGUGAGGGACCCAUCGUGGUCCGAACUCCACAACUUUGUGUGGUUUCUCAACACCCAGCUGGUUGACUUUGAGAAAUCUGAUUUUUGUUCCGAUGCUGUUCUUGAGGAUUUGCCAGGUUUCCCAGUGUUUGUUCUGAAGUUCCUUAUCCAGAUGUCAAGGGACUUUGCCACUAGAUCUUUGGUAAUGAGUGAGCAGACGCCGCUGGACCAACUGAAUGUCCAAGAAACUUCAGAUCUAGCGCAGUUUCAGAUGAAGAGGAGAUGGGAAAGCAGCCCCCAUCCCUACAUUUUCUUCAACCCUGAUGGGAACAGCAUGACUUUCCUUGGCUUCAACAUCGACCGCCAGACUGGGAACAUGGUGGACCAUCAGACACAGAAGGUGCUAGAGAAAGGUCUUGUGCCAAGAAAACUGCAGGAUGCACUAAUCAGAAACAGGGUCAACAUCAAUGAGAACAUUGAACAGAUGAAGAGAAAUGAUCUAUUGGCUAAGCUGUGCAGUGUGAUGCCAGGUGUGGACUUUGUACAUGACCCUGACGACACAUAUGAGCUGACAACGGACAAUGUCAAGAAGAUUCUUGCAAUUUACAUGAGAUUUAGAUGUGGAAUCCCAGUGAUAAUCAUGGGAGAGACAGGAUGUGGGAAGACAAGACUGGUCAAGUUCAUGUGUGAUCUGCAGUGCAUGCCAGGAUCUGAUAUACAGAACAUGGUCAUUGUGAAGGUUCAUGGUGGCACAACCUCUGACGACAUCAUCAAGAAGGUCAAGCAUGCAGAACAACUGGCCAUUGAUAACAAGGCUAAGAACCCACACAUGUACACUGUGCUGUUCUUUGAUGAAGCAAACACAACAGAAGCCAUUGGACUCAUCAAGGAAAUAAUGUGUGAUGGCUGUAUGGAUGGACAGCCACUGAAACUGUCGGAAAACCUCAAGAUUGUGGCUGCCUGCAAUCCUUACAGAAAGCAUUCAGAUGAAUUUAUCCAGAGACUUGAAAGAGCAGGACUUGGCUAUCAUGUUGAGGCUGACAAGACAACAGAUAAGUUGGGCCAUGUUCCUAUGAGGAGACUUGUGUACCGGGUGCAGCCUCUGCCACAGAGCAUGCUGCCUCUUGUUUGGGACUUUGGCCAACUCAACAUACACGUGGAAGAACUCUACAUCAGACAGAUGGUCAACAGAUAUGUUCGAGAGGGUCAGAUACCUGCCCUUCAUGGUGUUGUGACAGUUGUCAGUAAGAUCCUCAUAGCCUCUCAGUCUUUCAUGAGGAGUCAGCAGGACGAGUGCAGCUUUGUGAGUCUUCGUGACGUUGAUCGAACCCUGAGUGUCAUGUCCUGGUUCUACCAGCAGUCCCAGGAGAAUGGAACACUGUUCGGAACUAUAGAUAAGCUGUUGUCUCCUCAGCAACAUUUGGAAGAUGUUGAAGAAAGUCAUCCUGUCAAUCGAGUGAAUCUACCGCCUGAUGAUGUGACCAAAGCCCUGAUCCUGGCACUAAGCGUGUGUUACCGAGCAUCGCUUACCAGUCGAGAGGAAUAUGAUCGUCAUAUCUGCCAGCAUUUUCAGAAUCCAUGUGUGAUUCCUGGUGGAUUUGACCAAAUGGUUCAAGUCAUAAACAGUUGCCAGGAUGCCUUUGUUGACAAAGUUCAGCUUGAAGAUAACAUUGCGAAGAACCAGGCCCUGAAGGAGAACCUGUUCAUGAUGGUUGUCUGUAUUGAACUGAGGAUCCCCCUUUUCCUGGUGGGAAAACCAGGCAGCUCCAAGUCCCUGGCCAAGACCAUUGUUGCAGAUGCUAUGCAGGGCACCUCAGCAAGAUCAGACCUGUUCAAACAACUGAAACAGGCCCAGAUGGUGUCAUUCCAGUGCAGUCCUCUGGCCACUGCUGAAGGUAUUGUCGGUACCUUCCGUCAGUGUGCUCGCUACCAACAGAACAAGGACCUGGACAGGUUUGUCUCCAUCGUAGUUCUGGAUGAAGUUGGUCUGGCAGAAGACUCACCAAGGAUGCCUCUCAAGACACUUCACCCACUCCUAGAAGAUGGUUGUCAGGGAGAUGAAAAACCAGAACCAUUCAAGAAGGUUGCCUUCAUUGGUAUCUCCAACUGGGCCCUGGACCCCGCCAAGAUGAACCGAGGUAUCCUGGUGCAGAGAGAAGUUCCGGAUGAUGGGGAGCUGGUGAAGAGUGCACAAGGCAUUUGUUCAAGUAGUGAGAAAGUACUCCGAAGAAUCAACCCUUUGCUGCCAGAGCUAGCUAAUGCCUACAAGACAAUAUUCAACAGAGCACAGGAAACAAAAAGAGAAUUCUUUGGACUAAGAGACUUUUACAGCCUUGUGAAGAUGGUUUAUGCCUUUGCUGAUAAACAUGAUCGAGACAUUUGCUGGCAUCAGUUGGAGCAUGCUAUUAGGAGAAACUUUGGUGGCCUUGACAACCUGGACCCUGUUGUUGUAUUCAGGGACAGCAUUUCGACAGUUCCAAAGCAGGAAGAGAAACACAAGGAUGAUCCUGACUCAACCACCAUUCAUCUGAUAGAAGCUGGUCUCUCGACCGAUGUUGCAAGCAGUGAGAGCCGUUACCUGCUGUUGCUGACUGAGAACUACGGAGCUCUGAGCAUCCUACAGCAAGAGAUUUUAGCCAGACACAAAGUCAUUGUAAUCUUUGGCUCAAGUUUUCCCAAAGACCAGGAAUAUACUCAGGUGUGUCGAAACAUCAACAGAAUCAAGGUGUGCAUGGAGACUGGCAGCACAGUGAUCCUGUUGAACCUGGAGAAUCUGUAUGAGAGUCUUUAUGAUGCACUCAACCAGUACUAUGCCAGACUUGGAGGUGAACGUUUUGUUGACCUCGGACUUGGAACACACAGAGUAAAGUGCAGAGUUCAUCAGAAAUUCAAGCUGAUUGUAGUAGCAGAGAAACAGAAGGUGUAUGAUGAGUUUCCGAUACCGCUGAUCAACCGCCUGGAGAAACACUUCCUUGAUCUUAACAACAUGAUGACACCAGAGCAGAAAAAACAGUCAGAGAAACUGAGCCAGUGGGCAGUGGACUUUGUAACUCCCAGAACAUUCACUUCUGGAAGGAGACAAAGAGAGAACCUUCCUGAAGAUGCCUUCAUGGGCUACCAUGCAGACACAGCAGCAGCCAUUGUGAUACAAGUUAUGGGCAGGGAUCGUAUUGUGGACUUGGAUGAUGAUAUUUUCAAGGAAUGUCAACAGACAUUGUUGUGGUGUGCUACUCCUGCCUCAGUAGAGAGGCUGGCGGAUCAGAAACUCCACCUUGAAGCAGACAAUAUCCACAGAACUUACUGGCAGUGCCAGCAACAUGAUGACAUCUACCAGUAUCUUAAGUCGAAAAUCUUGCAGGAGGAAUGCCUCACAUUGCAAGCACAGGUGACAACUCACUCCAAGCUACUGACAGACCAGGAGAAGGAGGACCUGAGCAUACAUCUGAGUCUGCCUCCCAACAACAUCAUCCUGCUCACACUGCAGUCCUUUGACACAGAGCAGCAGUUUGCACAGCAGAUCAAAAACUUUGUGCAGCGGAGUGUGGAGGGUCAGAAACUGCUGCUAGUUCAGUGUGGAUCUGGAGACAGGAACCAGUCUCUCAUCAGGAGUGCCCAGUACUGUGUUCUGGAUGAGCUGCAUGAUGCCAGACAGUUUGCUGUAGUCUUCAUCAUACAACUGCCUAAUAUUGCUGGAGGAUGCUUCUCUGGCUUUCAGGCUGGGAAGUGGCACUCAUUACAUCUAGAUGAACUACGACAAUCAACACAAGACAUGCCUUCAAUAAAUGAAUUACAUCAAUUCUCACCAGCAUCCAUUUUUGAGGGACUGAGUAGCAAUAUGCCACCCACGAGUGUUCAGCCAUUGGAGCAGAGAAUUCCGCCCAUGGACCUGCUAUGGGAUGAACCUCAACCAGAUGCAGAAAAUUUGAAUAUUCAGGCGGUCAACCAGGAACAUCAAGAAGUGAAGUCAAUGUCAUUGGAGCAUAAAAAUAGUCUGUACCAAGGACAAGAGGCUGAGGGAACUCAUGGAGACUUGUUAGGAUUUGAUUCAUUACAGAAUGUCAGGGAUCAGAGACUUGAAAUGUCAGAUGUAGAUCAGCUGGAAGUAGGUGAAAACCAGAGACAUGAUACAGUUGGAAUUGAAGACAUUGCACUGGAAAUAGAUGAAAGGAAACAUGCCGUUGCUCCCUACUUCCAAAAACUGCUCUUGCCCUGCAUCCAGUCUGCUGCUGCUCUCAUCAGGGAUGAAGAACUGGACACCAAACGCUCCACCAAGAGGAUAGAGAUACUCCUGAAGCUAUUGGACAACACAGAUGAUGAAGAUGCCAGAUUGUUCAUGACUGGGUUGUCGAAACUUAUCAUCAGCCUUUUGAAGGAAAAAGAAACAUUGCACAGCAGGUUUUUACCCUCCAACUGGCUUUCUAAAGGAGCAGCGAAACAAGAACAUGUCAGACAAGCAGGUACUUUCAGACGUGCUGCAAUGCAGUACCUGGAAAAUCAGAUCAUACCAAUUUUGGCGGGAGUUGUGGCAUUCCUGGACACCAAUAGAAACCUUGACUUGUGUGUAUCAGAGGUAGCUCCAUGGAAGAAAAGACUUUGGCUUGCUUUGCUUGACAAUACAAAAGUAUGUCAUUACCAGUGUAAAGACAUCAUUGCCCCAGAGAACCAACACCACCAGGGUGAGGUUGUGCCCCAUCAUUUGGGAGUCAGCAAACAGGUUUUCACUGUGCAGAUGCCAUUUUUCUGGCUUCUCUUUCAAGACAUAAGAAAUGCCAUUGCAGAGACAGAGGAUACAGGGAGAUCAAUGGAUGAAGAUUCAACUGAGAUAUUGAUCUGCGUAGAUGACAUCAUAAGCAAAACUGCUUUUGGGGAAGUGCUGUCAUCAGUUAUUGGAGAAGAGGACAAAACUUCUGUGUUCAAAGCUUAUCUCGGAGAUUUUGUACAUACAAUCUACUCUGGGAGAAUAGAUGUGUGGGAGAUAUUCUGUAGUGCCCUAGAGAAUGCAGCAAGGCAGACAGACAGAGACUUGUGCAACCUAGGUGUGAUACAGGCUAUUAUCUACAUCCACGUUAUCCACUCGGCUGCCAAAGAGAGGCUUCAGCUCUUCCUGGAGGUGGUCCAGAUCUGGCCGGAAGUUGUGACAGCUGUCACUGACUUGAAGGAGAGAGUAGGAGGAAACCCACUGCUCACAGACAACCCACUGCUCACAGACAACGAGAUGACUUUGGAUGUUCUGAGUAUUGUCCUUCUCAUGGAGCAGCUAGAACCAAAGAAGGAGGAACUAAACACUGAUGCAGGUCGAGCUGCCUGGAUGGAUUGUGUCAAAACAUAUCUGCCUGUGAUAGCGAGAAUCCUCAACACUACUAACACAGAGCUUGCACAUGGCAAUGUGUGUCUCAGGGCAAUGGAUCAAGUCAGAUGUGGAUGGAUGCGGGUAAUGGCCAUCAAACUGUUUUUGGAGAGUUUCUCAAGCAACAAGAAAGUUCAACUGGAAACACGAUGCAUGCCCCUCUGGACAAUGCUCACUGAAAAUACUGACUUCAAGAAAAUUGAAUCACUAAAAAAGAUUGAGCUGUUCCUGAGAAGUGUUAACAAAAAUGUUGUCAAAAAACUAUCUGGAAAAAUAGGUUCUUGCAGUCAUUGUGAAACAGAGUUUGAAGCACCACCAGUAGAGCUUCCCUGCAAGGACAACAUCUGCCUCCGAUGCUACAAUGAAACCCAACUUACAAGAGAUCUGAGGUGUCCUAAAUGUCAUAAUGCUUUCCCGGAAACCUUCACGCCAGGCAGUGGACCUUCACAACAGGUAGAAAUGUUCAAAGAAUACCAAGAGUAUCUGAAGUGCUGCAACAGCUUCCUCAUGUCUGUGGUGUCCAAGCUGUGUUUUGGUGGAACAGAGCCUCCAGAGAGUGCUGUCAUAGAGAGGAUCUUCAGCUACAUCACUCGCAGAUAUGGUCAGACUGGAAGGUUGCACACUAAAGAGAUGUCUGUAUUUGAAGAUAUGAUUGAUCCCACACCUGUGGUCAGAUCCUUUCUUCUAAAACUUCUGAUACACAAAAGUGAGGUGAUGGUACACAACUAUCUCCAGAACUUCUUUCAUGAUGCCAAAGCCAUAUGUCAACAAGGAAAAGAAGAGAUGUCCAUUGAGACAUUGGAGGAGAUUGUACAGUUCAGCCUUCUUGUUAUACACUGCUUUGAGGACUUAUAUCAUGAGCAUGGAUCUCAGUCAAGGACCUCAUCAGAAGAAAUGCAAGCUACAGGCCACAAACUGUUAGAUGGGCGACGAUAUAUCUUAUAUAUGGAUUUGGACUUGAGAAAGAUGUACACCAUUGCCAUGUGUAGAUAUGGUCUUUCAGUAACAGCCAAAUACCUGCACGCUGUGUUUAUUGCUGGGACCGAGAAAAUGUCAACUGACUAUUUCAGAGAACUCUUGAAUCACACUGAAGGCAUCGUAACAGUUAAAAAUGCUGAAUGGCCAAAGAAGUUCUUGGUGAAGCAGAUAUGUCGGGAGUUUGGGACUGACAGCUACCAUGCUAUCUGUGAAACUGGCAAGGUGCCAUGGCUGGCACUGGAUGUUACAAAUCAGGUCAAUGAGUGCCCAGAUCGAUAUGUUGUCUGCUUUGAGUACCAGGAAGUAAGAGAAACUUUGGCUAAGACUCUCCUGGGUGAAGACAUCAAGCACCUGAAACCAUUGGUCAAGAAAAAUGAGAUGCUGUUUCUCCUAGCUGUACACAGAGAAGUGACCAUGUCCAAUAUCAAACCACAAACUGAAAGGGAUCGACAGAUCUUGAAAACAUCUCUUCUAAUGGUCACACAAUUUGUUGAGAAAACAAAGAAAGUUAAGCAAAAAGAGCUUGCCCAGAGUCUGCUGCAGAAUGAGUUCGGUAGGCCUGGCUCUCCCCUGAACAUCACAGAAGGACAGAGUGUCCGAGACCAGAGUCUGGCGUGUCUGCUGCUGCACACAUACCUCGUCCUAACACACUUCAACAACAUGCCAGGCUUCCUUAAACCUCUCGCUGACCUCAUACUGCAUCCAGAGGACAUGAGGGACAUGCUACUCCCAACAAUGCCUCAGGAUGAUGUAGAUUCCAUUAGGCAGUCAAUGCUGAAUUCCAUGAAAGCGAAAGGAGAUGCCAGUGAAGUCGUCUUUUUUUAUUGUCCUGAUGGCCAUCCAUACGCCAUCACUGAGUGUGGUCGACCUUAUACAGAAGGCAAAUGCAACCAAUGUGGUAAGAAGAUUGGAGGAAGACGACAUGAGGCGUUUGAAGGAAAUAAGCGCCAUGCAGGAGAGGACCAGACUCGGCCAGGUCAUGUCUUAGGUAGAGCUGCUGACAGAACCAAUACCUAUGCUGGUGAACGACAACUUGAGGGAGCUGCUUGUGCAGUCCUGCGUUUCUUCACUCAUGCUGCAUUACUGUUGGGAACAAGGACUGACCCACAGGCUGUUGCAAAUCUUACUACACCACAACUACAGCCAGAUUGUGGUCAGUUUUUCUGGGAGCACCUCCAGAAGGACCUUCAGAUCAUCCACAUGGCCACAGGAAAGAGUGUGGAUGAUGUCUUCCUCCUCCUACACUUCAUCUGUCAUCAAAUGACACAGUUGGUAACACACACAACCACAGAGCCACAAGCAUUAAGCAGCAAGAGAGCUAGGGAGGUUUGGGAGGAACAGUUUGCAAAGGUUUUCAUUCUCCCACUUUUACAGAAUCUUGACAACUGUCUCAUACCAUGCAAUGAGAGGAUUUUGAAGGACAAGAGAAUAGGUCAGGACAAGUUGAUGUCUCUCCUUUAUGAGGUAGACAAAUCCAUUCCACAAGACGUUGACUGUCUCCACGAGUUCCCAGCUGUCUGGAGGUACCGGUCACGAAUCACCCUGGAACAUUUCCUGCGAGAGUUCCAUCUAAAAGUAGAGAACAACAAGGGCAAGAAAUCCAAGAUGGAGGUUCUCAGCCUUUUCAGUCAAGAGCAUCCAUACUUGCAGGCAUUACGUCACAUCCCAAAUAUCCUUCAACUUCAAAAAUUCCUGAUGGCCAAGUAUAGACGCCGUUUGGAUCGAAUUAAAGCCCAGAAAAUCACAAUAGCUGAAAUAGCAACAGAUGGAAACAAUUCAGUUGAUGUCCUGAAGAUUCUUCCAGAUUUCAUUGCUGCUUGGGAUUGUGUGAAGGAAGGAUUGCACAGUCAUGGAUGUUGGACAGUCCAUGAUGGUCUAAUACACCUGCCUGAUGCCUACAAGAACAUGAGGAUAGAGGAGAACUCCCCUCUAGCUGUCCUUCUGCCGUCCACUCAGGGACCCGGUAUCUGCUCCUACAUGAUGCUGGAGUUCCUUUUCAGGAAGCACAAUGAAUUCAUGGAAAAAUACUGUGAAAAGAUCAACUCCAGCUAUGAGCGCCUGCCUGAGGUCAGCAUGAGGAAACUUCACAGUAACCACCUGGUCAGCUACCACCCUGACCGUGACCUGCUGCCCCUUGUCCUGGCCAACUGUAACUACUCCUUUGAGCUGGGGAAAGGCACCACCAUUGAGUAUGACUUUGAAGGAUUUGAGUAUCAGCUCAAAGAAGUCAUUCUUCAAGCCAAGUCAAGAGUGGAGAAGACGUCACAUGUCAUACCUAUUGACACAAUGGUGUACAGAGCUGACACAACCAAUGCUAUUGUGUUCAAGACACUGAGAGAAAAAAUACCACAGGAGUCGCUCUCUCCAGCAGUGAAGCUACAAAUUGGUUCCGCACUGAAAUCUAGCCUGCCAGACAUCUGUGACUCUAUCAACAACCUGGACAUCACCACCAGCUUCCUCAAGUCUCUGGGAGGAGAUCCAGACAAGUCACUGCAAACUUUCAUGACAGAUGUGCUCAAGAUGAAACAGACAAUAACUAGUCAGAAGGCCAGGCAGUUCUGUAGAUUUAAGCAUGUACAAUCGUUGUGGUUGCUGCUAAGUUUCGAGAAGUCACUUGUUCUAGCCCAAAAUGCAGAGGAUGCGUUUGAUUACUUAGACAGUGAACUAAAGACAGACCUUCCUGAAGAAGCUAGGGCUGAACUGAAGCGUUUUUGUCAGAAAAAGAGCCCAGAAAAGAUGGAAUGCCUGUUGCAGACAAUGUUUGACUGCCUUUUGCUCAGGGUAGCUCAACCAAUCGACCCAUAUGAUGAAGAUGCCGUCGACCCGAAAACCAUGAGCCUGCAAGGCAUCCUGAUAGGUGACCGAGAUGUUCCGCUGUACUGUAAGGAACCUGAUGAGACACUGACCGAGGAAGACAUCCUCACAUUCCCAGCAGACAUCUUGGGGAAGCACAUUCCCGAUACCUGGCUGUCUGUCCUCCGGGAACUCACACAACGCAGAAAGGAGUUUCAAUAGUGCCUCAACUUCUGUCAAUAGUGGAUUGUCAUACUUAUGUUGUGUAAAUGUUGAAUCUAAUAGAAAUUAUGAAUUGUGGCAGUCCUCUGGUAACUCACACAACGCAGAAAGGAGUUUCAAUAGUGCCUCAACUUCUGUCAAUAGUGGAUUGUCAUACUUAUGUUGUGUAAAUGUUGAAUCUAACAGAACUUAUGAAUUGUGGCAGUCCUCUGGUAACUCACACAAUGCAGAAAGGAGUUUCAAUAGUGCCUCAACUUCGGUCAAUAGUCGUUUGUCAUACUUAUGUUGUGUAAAUGUACAAUCUAACAGAAUUAAUGAAGGUGGCAGUCCUCUUGGAACUCAUUCAACGCAGAAGGAGCUUCAACUCAACGUCAGCCAAUAGUUGAUUAUCAUACUUGCUUAUGUUGAAUCUUACAGAAUUAAUUUAGGUAAUCUACAGACAGCUAUAUCCAUAACAUAAUGGACUAAAAAUACUUGUUGGCCACUUCCUGUGGUUCAUAAUAGGUCUGCUUUUUUCAGUUUCUUCAUGGUUGUUAUUUUUUAGGUUGUAGCUUUUCCUUCUUGAUGAUUUGUAAAUAUUGUUGAUGGGUUAUAGUCAAAUUUUGUAGAUUAUAUUUAACAUUAACGUCCCUUGAGAUUUCCUAAGAUUGAAAAAAAUAAGCAUCAAAUCUGUAUGUAUGAUUUGGUUAUUUUUAUGUAGUUUCCUUGUAUUAUUAUUCACACACAUGUAGUUUGUACUUACUGAAAUAGCAAGGAAGUAUGUUAAGAACAAAAAGGAUUUAGAGAAACAUGUUCCUCUUUAUUUCCAUUGAGUGUUUUGUUUGUAUUUUUCUCACUUGAUACCGCCGUGAUAUUGCUGGAAUAUUGCUAAAAGUGGCGUAAAACCAAACUCACUCACUCUCAUUUGAUACUUCCUCCAGUUUCCUUUGAUUGUUUCUUGCUUGAGAUGGAGUUAUAUAUAACCCUUGUAUAAUAGUCUAAAGAUGAGGAGGAUCACUUUAAAAUAAUUUUGUUAGUAAAAUGCAUAAUAUACAUGUAUUUCUAAUUCACGAUAAUACUGUCUUUGUUAUAGAUAAUGGUUUGUUUAUGUUUAUGAUGUAUGCUCUCUCUCCUCAAAACAGUUUGCUAUAUCCGUCAGUUCGGUACAAGCGUGUUUGUUAUAUACGUAGUUUACUGUGUAUAUAUAUAUGUGUGUACUCCUUGAAAAAGGUACUGUUUUGUUGUAGUGACAAAAUUAUCAUUAAAUGUGGACAGUGGAAAUAAUCACAUUCUUUAAUAUGUCCACUACAAUAUAUGACAUAUUACCCAAGAAUUCACACACACAAUGAUGGGAUAUGAAGAAAAAAACAUGUUGUUUUAAUUAUUUUCCUAUGGUGUAGCAGUGUUUUGAAUGUGUCUUACAUAUGACAGGAUAUUCCAUUCGUAAAGUGAAUGCAAAUUUAAACUGGUAAAGGACUGAAUUGAUAAUGAAUGUCAUGAUUAGUAUCAGAUAUACAGCUGUACAUAUCGUGUACAAAAUUGUCCCAUAAAAGCAUCUAUAAUCACGACUAAGUACCAGUAACUUGCUUGCAUUCCUAUCACACAAUUAUUAGACUGAGACUUGCCUCAUUCAUUUCUGGUUUGUACAUAGUCACACAAUGAUAUAUUUCUUAUCAAGAUCAAAUUCAAAUUUAUUAUCAUGCAAUCUUGCACUGGAUCUAUUUACAGUUUAUGAAGACUGCAGAGCAACUGUAAUGACUUGUAUUUACCUAGCAAUGGUUAGUUAUGUUUUUUUCUUGAUGUGAAUAACACAUUUCAGGCAUAAUAACCUCAUCCAAUGUUUCUUUAUUUUUAUCAGGACUUGACUAUAUCCUUUGUCAUGUUUCAUGUAAUUUAAAUUCUUACAUCUAUCCAUGUUGUUAUCAAUAGGCCUUGCUUUGUUAUUAGACAUUUAUCUAUACAAGCAUCACAUGCUUAUGCAUGCCAUGCAAACUAAAUUGACAAAAAACAUUCAAGAAUAGCAUGUAUUUUUAACAACUCCAUUGAUAGAUAUGCACUUCUACUUCAUGUAAUGUCCUAUCAAUUGCAUGUAUUAGUGUGCUUCAGUCACAUGUAUUUAUUCAUAAUAAGGCUUGAUAACAUGAUAAUAGACAUUUUGUAAAACUUCCAGAAUAAUUAUUUAAAAAUCAUGCUUCUUAAAUGUAAGAUUGUAAGAAUUCAUACCUACUUUCAAUUAAAUGUCAUCGUAAAUGAUGGAAUGAUAAUGGAAUUAUUAUGAUUGUAAAAAACCUAUAGAAUAGUUGACAUGGUCCGAUAUGAAAUGAUCACUUGAACAUCCUUUUCAGUUUCAUUUUCUUUUUGUAGCUUAGGCAUGUAUGUUUCUCCAUAUGUAGACAUCAUAUUUUGUUCAAUUCUUGGUAUUUUAGUAUUACGUAUUUGUAUCUAUGCAGAAAAUAUUUGAAUAUCAAUGGUGGCAGCAACCUUUGUUCAGUGGCUGUCUUUUUUUUUUAAACUACAUAUCCAUGUAAGCUCAAUGGCAUCACACUAUUUCUGAUGAUCAUCAUUAUCUGGGUAGUGGCAUUUUAGAUGCAGAUAAAUGCAGAGUAUGAAAGGAUGAUAAUUGCUGUUGAUCUUGAAUAUCACUUCAUAUCAAUGUAUCAGCUGACAUUUGCUGUAGUGAGGUUUUACUGUUUACCUGACUUUGUUGUUAAAAGGAAGGGGGAGUGGGAUAGUCUUGUGGUUAUACAUUGGCUCAUCAUGCCCAUGCGCCAGGCUUAAUUCCAUGGGCAAAUGUUUGAAGUGUCCCUUGCUUUGAUAUUGCUGAAAUGUUGCCAAGGAACCCUCCCCAAGCACUCUUUGUAAAUAUUUCUUCAUAACUCAAUGUUUUCUUUUUGGUUAUAUUAUAUCUUUUGUAUGUUAUCAAUACUUGUUGCUAAAAGACAUCACAUCUGCUUUUGUAUAUAAUUAAUUAUACAUGGACCAGUUCUUCUGUGAAAUACUUGUAACUCUUAAUGACUAUUGUGUAUAUAGUAGUAUUUCAAGCAGAUCUUUGUACAUAAGUAUAGAUGACCAAGACUAUUUCCAUAGAAUAGAUCAUUCAUCCUGACUAAACAUGCUGUGACUAGGGAUUAACGUUAUCUAUCUGGCAAAACUAUGACUUUUGGUUUGUUUACAGAUCAUAAUGUUCAUACCCCAUCAACAAUCCUACAAAUAUUAGAUUUAUCACACAUUCAUGUAAAAGAGUUUGAAAAGAGUUUUUGACAAUAAUGCACUGGUUUAGUUUGCCUCCUGUGUGAAUUAACAUAGAAUAAUUUGUGUUAAAUAAAUCUCCUGUAAAUAUGAAGAUCUGCAUUUGUUCAAUGUAGCAUCUCCUGUAUAUGAUUAUGCAGUAGUGAACAGUACAACUAAAAGUAGAAAUAGUGUUAAUUUACAUUGUUCAGGUUGAGCAUAAAUGAGAAUAGCCAGACCAAAUACAAUAUCUUAAGCACUUAUAAUAUUAAUUUGACCAAACUUUAUACUUACAUGUAUGCCUAGCUUGUUAAUAGUUAUAGGCUGUGUUUGUGUAUUUAAGCAUUGCUUUACUUGUGUUUUGUGUAACAAUAAAAGUGAUUACUUGUGUUUGAUCAUGUCAUCCCUAAAAGAUGAAUGAGACUUUGAUUAUUGACUUAAUUUUUGAUGUAUAUCAGUCAGAAUAAUAAAGGUCUAGUUUCACAUGUUAUCUAUUAUAAAAUGAUGUACAUAGAACACUUAGAGAACAUUUGAAAUGAUAUAUUCAUUUAAAGAACAUGUUUACAAUUUACACACUUUACAAUUUGAUCAUGCAGAUGACUAUGGUUGUACCUGUCAUGGCAUACAUCACUGGAUAAACAUUUUAAUACUGACUAAUUCAUGUACAUAUCAUAGAUUCUUAUACUCUGUAUUGUGUUUUAUAUAUGGAAAUAUUCAAGAUGUUUAGUUAAUUCAUCAUUUCCUGGUUGAUCAGUUAGAAUCCUGUUUCUGCUUGAUUGUAGACAUUGUCAAGUUAGCUCUUUGUUCAUGCAUAUAGAUUUCCAGGAGUUUAUAAUGAAAAGAUAACACAAACAUAUUUUUAUAUCAUUAGGAUGUUAGGGUUUCUCUCUAAACAUGUCUCAAUAUAUAGGAAUGCAUGCAAGUGACUUCAGAAAGAUAUUCCACAUGUCCGAGCAUGAAAUAUAUACAUUGAUUGUUUUCAUGAAAAAAUUAGGGUUCAUAAAAUGAUGAAAGUUUUUUGGGUUUUUUUGUGACAUGAUACUGAAGUUGAAAUGAUGCUAGGACCAAUAACAUGAUAUUUACAAUCACAUUUGAAAUAAAAAAAAGAGAUGUAUCAGAGCUAUAUUACUUACUUAUAUUGGAGAUUUUACGUGCGCUUUCUGACUGCAAGCGUAUGUCGCACACGGGCCCGCCAGGCCAUUUCAUGUGUUUCCGAAAGGGGGAAAAGGAAGUGGUGGGUUUAAGGGUUGCUUAUAUUGUAAUUUUGAGAUUUGGAAUGAAUGCCAAGAGGGGGUAGGGGGCGAACUAAGGGAGCUGUGUGUGGUGGGUGGUUUGUUACCGAUAGUUUAUGUGAUUUUGGUUUUAUUAGUUUAUUUGGGGUUUAAAUACGACUAAUUAGUCCUGUUUUAAUUAAGUAUAUGCCUUAGGCUUUGAAUUUUUCUAAUUUAUUUUGUGGAUUUAGGAUUGAUUCUAGAGUAAAUGCAGUUUUAAGAUUUAGGGUGGUUUGUAGUGUGGUUCGGUGUGUUUGGUAGUGUGUGCAGUGAAUGAGUACCUGUUUUGGUGUUUCUUGUUGUUUGCAGUGUGGGCAGGUUCCUGUUGCGUGUAGUUUAGCUAUUUUAAGGUGGUUAUUUAGUUUGGUGUGGCCUGUUUGUAGUUUAGUGAUUAUUCUAUCGAAUUUUUUGGAUGGGUGUAGUAUUUUUGGUUUAGUUAGGUUUUUUUUAAGAACUUUUCUGAUUUGGCUACCGGGGUAUUUGAGUUUAGGUAUAUAUUUUGCCAAUUUUUUGGUGAUUUUUUGUUUAGUGACACUUUUAAUUUCUGAUUUUGAGAUAGGUAGGUUUAAGCUUAUUUCUGGGAAUUUAAGGGAUAAUUUGGCUGCUUUAUCGGUGUUUUCAUUGCCAAAGAUUCCUACGUGGGCGGGGAUCCAAAUGAAUUCUAUUUGUUUGCCUGCCAUAGUUAAGUUGUUUGAGCUUUUGAGUAUUUGGUUUAUUGGUUUGGGGUGUUUUUUGUGUUUUUAUUUUUGAGGGCUUGCAUUCCACUGAGGGAGUCGGUUAGAAUAAGGAUUUUUUUGGAUUUUUUUUAGAUUGCUGAUUGUGUAGGGCUGAGGCCAUGCCCAUUAGUUCGGCUGUGAAUAUGGAUUGGUUGUUUGGGAGUGAGUCGGUAGGAUUGGGUGAUUUUAGUUGGUUGUGCUAAUCCAAUCACACACCAAAUAGCACCGCUUAUUAGCGCUGAGUAAAGUACUUCCGAAAAAAAACAAUACAUGCGCGCUGGCUCAUGUUGGCCUUUGACGCAGUCGCAAAGAACAAAGGGUGGCGUCUGUCUGGACUUGCAUAUGUCUAAGUUGGUAUUUUUGCUAUCCAAAAUGUCUUAUUGUUGAUAUAAAUGCAAUGUUUAAAAAUGCAUUUUUCGCAUUUUAUUUUAUGCUCGCAUCAAUUUCAAGAUUUACAGUACUUACUUUGUAUUAAAUGAAGGUAAGUUUUAGGCUCACUGUGAGAAUGUAUUCUAUUAAUUCAUAUCUUUUCAAGUCUAUUUAUGUUGUAUUUGUGAAAUAUUAUCCAUCACAGUUUAGUCUUUACAUUGAGUUUACUUUCACAAAUGUGAAUAUGUAGUUACUUGACAUUAUAUGGUAUUUUUUCUUCACAAAUAGCUUAUUA